AUGCAGCUAAGACUAUCAAUUAUCUCACGAUUCUGCUCCCCUCUCACUCUUUUUCCAUAUCUUCUCAUUCUGUCCCUUAUCCCAUCAUAUGUAGCUAAGACUAUCCCUUAUCUCACGAUUCUCCUUCCCUCUCACUGUCUUUCAUUCUGUCCCUUUAUCCCAUCUCAUUCUGUCCCUUAUCCCAUCAUAUGCAGCUAUUCUCUAAGACUAUCCCUUAUCUCACGAUUCACCUCCCUCUCUGUCUCUUUUCUCCCUUAUCUUCUCAUUCUGUCCUUAUCCCAUCAUAUGCAGCUAAGACUAUCAAUUAUCUCACGAUUCAGCUCCCCUCUCACUCUUUUUCCAUAUCUUCUCAUUCUGUCCCUUAUCCCAUCAUAUGCAGCUAAGACUAUCAAUUAUCUCACGAUUCUGCUCCCCCUCUCACUCUUUUUCCAUAUCUUCUCAUUCUGUCCCUUAUCCCAUCAUAUACAGCUAAGACUAUCAAUUAUCUCACGAUUCAGCUCCCCUCUCACUCUUUUUCCAUAUCUUCUCAUUCUGUCCCUUAUCCCAUCAUAUGCAGCUAAGACUAUCCCUUAUCUCACCAUAUCUUCAUUCUCCUUCCCAUCUCACUCUUUUCCAUAUCUUCUCAUUCUGUCCCUUAUCCCAUCAUAUGCAGCUAAGACUAUCAAUUAUCUCUCGAUUCAGCUCCCCUCUCACUAUUUUCCAUAUCUUCUCAUUCUGUCCCUUAUCCCAUCAUAUGCAGCUAAGACUAUCAAUUAUCUCACGAUUCUGCUCCCCCUCUCACUCUUUUUCCAUAUCUUCUCAUUCUACUAUCAAUUAUCUCACGAUUCUGCUCCCCCUCUCACUCUUUUUCCAUAUCUUCUCAUUCUGUCCCUUAUCCCAUCAUAUACAGCUAAGACUAUCCAUUAUCUCACGAUUCAGCUCCCCACUCUUUUUCCAUAUCUUCUCAUUCUGUCCCUUAUCCCAUCAUAUGCAGCUAAGACUAUCAAUUAUCUCACGAUUCAGCUCCCCUCUCACUCUUUUUCCAUAUCUUCUCAUUCUGUCCCUUAUCCCAUCAUAUCUCCCCUCUCACUCUUUUUCCAUAUCUUCUCAUUCUGUCCUUUAUCCCAUCAUAUGCAGCUAAGACUAUCAAUUAUCUCACGAUUCAGCUCCCCUCUCACUCUUUUUCCAUAUCUUCUCAUUCUGUCCCUUAUCCCAUCAUAUACAACUAAGACUAUCAAUUAUCUCACAAUUCUGCUCCCCUCUCUUUUCCUGUAUCUUCUCAUUCUGUCCCUUAUCCCUUCAUAUAUUACUAAGACUAUCCAUUAUCUCAUACUUCUUCUCUUCUCUCAUCUUUUGUCUGUAUCUUAUUUUUUUUCCCUUAUUCCACUUGCUGGGUCAAUUUAA